AUGGGGUGUGGGGCCAGUGCUUUCCCAGAAGGAUUUCACUCUAUCCUGCCUUUCCCAGAACCAACUCUGGCAGUGAAGAGAGCCUUGUCUCCCUCUGUGACUGGAGGAGGAAGUUCAUCACAUACAUAUAUAGAGCCAGGCACGCCAGCUCCUGACACAUACAUCAUGACCACGAGAUGGAACUGGACACCAGACACCAGCCCUUUGUGGGUCCUAUUCCUGUGUGCCCACAUCAUCUGCCAUUUGGCCAGAGCCACGCCCAUCCUUCAGGCCGUCACAGCUGCCACGACCUCAGGUGGGAUCACAAAAGACCCUUCUUCCUCCCGACCCCCAACUCUCACAACAGCUAAGUGCUGCCCAGCAUUGGAGGUGACCUGGCCAGAAGUGGAAGUCUCACUAAAUGGAACGCUGACUUUGUCCUGUACCGCCUACAGCUGCUUCCACCACUUCAGCAUCCUUUACUGGCUGGGCAAUGGUUCCUUCAUAGAGCAUCUCCCAGGCCGGCUGUGGGAGGGCAGCACCAGCCGGGAGCGCAGGGGCACAAGCACCCAGCUGUGGAAGGCCUUGGUGCUGGAGGAGCUGAGCCCAGCCUUGCUCAGCACCAACUUCUCUUGUGUUUUUAUGGAUCCUGAGCACACUGUCCAGCGUCACGUCAUCCCAGCCCAUCUCUUGGCUGGGCUGAGGAGAGUUGUGCCCCCUACUGAAGAAGCCCUCCAGAGGGUCCCCUCUGCCUGACAGGUGAACUCUAAAGCCUGGUUGAAAUGCCACCUCAUCAUUUAGGUCUAGGCUGUCUCUCAGCUCAGGCCACAUUCUGCAGCAACUGAAUGUUAUAUGUUAUGCUUGUAUAGGCAUACCUCAUUUUACUGUGCUUCCUGGAUAUUGCACUUUUUACAAAUUGAAGGUUUGUAAAAACCUUCCUCUGUGUUGAGGAAAUCUAUUAGCACCAUUUUUCCAAUAGCAUUUGCUCAUUUCAUAUCACAUUUUGGUAAUUCUCGCAAUAUUUCAAACUUUUUCAUCAUUACUGUAUUUGUUAUGAUCUGUGAUCCAUGAUCUUUGAUGUUGCUAUUGAAAUUGUUUAGGUGCCAUAAACCACAGUACCUAAAUGAACUUAA